AUGUCUCGUCGUCAUGAGAUCCCUACCUCGGAAGAGCUGCGGGAAUAUUAUGAAAAUAUUCCGGCUAAUUGGCCCAUAGACGCGUCUCCGUUCAUGGGAGUCAAUUCUCAAUAUUGCACAGAGCCUCUAGUACCACCAAGCGUUUUGACCCCAAUCAGUCUGCCAGAUAGCUCAUUCCGACCAAGUCCAGCACUCAGCCACCACUCACAGGACUACCACACACAAGAAUAUCAAUACAGCAUCAAUGAAUCCAUCUCAGCACCACAAGGCUUGGGGAUCAGCGCCCCAUUCCCCAGUGAAUUCCCUCAAACCUCAGCACCAAAUGCUAGCUACAUGUACGCGCCAGACAGCACCAUGAUGAGCCAAACGCCAAAUAUGUCACCACAGGCUCCACCACCCAAGCGCGCGAGACGUACCUCUUCGCAGCAAACGCCCCGUGACCAGCCAAUCAAUAUCGCCCCAAAUCCAGAGGGCAUGCGGCAAAUGGAGCGCGAGCGCAUGUAUGGCCAACCCUCUCCACAGCUCCCGCCUCGGCCUCGUGCUCCUGGUCGCGGGCGUCGUGACCCCCAAGCCGAAGACGAAGAUUCUUUUGUGGAGACGUUGCGAGACCAAGGCGUUGCUUGGAAGGUUAUCCGCGAGAUGUUCAUGCAGCAUUUCAAUAAAGAUGCCACCGAGGCGCGAUUGCAAAUGCGUCAUCUCCGCCGGAAGCGAGAGCGGGUUGCGCGUUGGGACGAGUCAGAUAUCCAGCUCCUUAUUCAAGCACAUGAGCUCUGGGAAAAAGACAAAUACCGUGCCCUUUCAGACAUGAUCAAAGAAAUGGGCGCAACGAGAUUCUACUCCCCAAAUGCAUGCAAAGCUCAAAUGCGACUACUCGAGACAAAACAACAACGUCGAGAUCGGGCAAGUGCGACACCCUCAGCAAUGUCCGAUCCUAUCCCUACUACUCCGACCACUCCUAAAAUCUCUCGAAAAAGACGUCGGGCUCAGUCUGAGCCGGACUCUGAGGAUGAAGAGGAGUAUUUUUAG